GUUAGAUAAAAAAGAAAACAAUAACACCGAUGCCGUCAUGCACAUAUAUAAAGGUCGUGCUCCACACAUCUUUUUUUCUAGUUUUUAUUUUGAUAUCUUCUGUAGUGUUCGUUGUUAUUGGUGCCUUUUUAUUCGUGUUUUUUUUUAUACAUUUUUACUUCUAUUUUUGCUUUGUUGUUGGGGGGCGACCAUUGUUCGAUUUUUUUUCUUUUUCCUACGCUUUGCAAUUAGUUAUUUGUAUUUUUUUUGUUCCCUUUCAUAUUUUUUUAUUGCAUUUCACUGACAUUCGAGUGUUUGUGUGUCUCUUUUUUUUUUUUUUUUUUUU